GUUCCUUAGGGAGAAGCCUUUCGACCGGCCAGCCUAAUCGCCCCCCUUUUGGGCCAGGGGGGGGUUCUGAGACCGUCUGACAUGGCGCUCUCGCAGUGGCCCAAACUUCAUGCCACACACCCCUUAGCCCACCGACCUUCACUUGGUUUGUGUGUGUAUUUUGUCGGUGUGAAUGUCAGUCUCUCUCUUUGGAGGGUCGCAGUCUUCUGCUGUUACCUCACAGGCGGACAAUCCCUGGAACUUGGUCACGAGCAGGAAGUCAUGGCUGCAAGCAGAGUCUCUAAGGCUUUGCUUGACCGGCAGCUCAGCUCCUUGAUCUUGUCAGGCAGCUCAGCCAUUCGGUAUGGUUCCCUUCAGAAGUCCAGCUCGGUUUUCAGAAGCCUGCCAGCCGCUCGCAGAUUGCCAGCCGUGCAAUGUAAGCGUUCGUCCUUUGAAGAUCAAGUACAGACGUUCAUUACGGACAGCAACAAUUUCCAAAAGAGUGUGGAGGAAUCAUUUGCGCAAGUUAAGGGUGAUUUGCAGAAUGUUGCAGAGCUGCAGGGCCUGAUGGUUGAGAAGCAGACCCGCAAUGCUGUGGAGAGCGAAGAGGGGAGGGGCUUUGCAGUCCCGUUGUCUUUGAAAUCUGUCGACGAUUAUGCAGAAUAUUUCAGCCAAGUGAAUCAGGACGGCGAUGGACAGUCCCUGCGAAAGACAAAGGAGGAUGCAAGGAGGAAUUUAACAGAUUCCCUUCUGGAGCAGCACAAGGGUAUUUACGCCUUCCUCAACUGCUUCAUCAGCCGACUGGAGGCUCAGUUUGAGGGUGAAACUAUUCUGAUACGCUCUGCAACGGUGCGGAGGCUGGCGGCUGACCUUGUGACUGCUGGGAACGACCUUGAAUCAUCAGUCCAGCUGCGCCAGGCGCUUCAAGAUCUGCGCCGCUUUGUCAUGACGCCGCGAAGCAAGUUGGUGGAUCAAGAAGAGGUUGCGGAAGCUGACAAAGAGGGAAAGAGAGUGAAGAAAGACGAUUGUGCAGCGCAAGAGCCCGCGACAUGGUUCCUUCCUUUCUUCCAGCUUGCAGACGAGUACCUCAAAUGCGCUGUGACGUCAGCUGAGAUGAACACACGCUUGCCGCUGGAGGACCAUCUUCGCGGACCUCAGAGCUGCGCGACCGCCAUGCUGGCAGCAACAGCAAGUUCUGAGCUGAGGGAGCUGCUCCAGAUUGACGGAGGAGGGCGUGUGCGAUCCACCGGGACAGCAACGAUGAUUGAACAAGUCGAAGUGAAAAGUAGGCCAUCGAGUAUUAGCAAAGCGCGAAAGCAAUUGGAGGUAAAUCUGAGGGUAACGGAAUUGGCGUUCAAGAGGGCGUUCCCAGCUAAGAAGCAGGGGCAGAUAGAACUAGUCGGCUAUAUCUAUGUCGUAGGUACAGAAGCUGCACAGAGGUUCAUGGGUUCCCAGAUUCUGAAAGGUGGUAACCUAACCACCUGUGUCCGUAUACGGUAGCUUUUGUCGAAACCCAUGCAAAAUGUCCCGAGCUGCCAGCAGCCUCCUUUGAGCGGUCUUAGAACAAGUUCAACAUUUAUGACGUUCCUGUCCAGCUGUUUUAUGCAAUUGUCCUGCUGCAGGCGCCUGAUAUUCUCUUGCUCCGUUGUUGAGCAACCUGUCUCAGCUGCAUUGUUGCUCUGCCUUCACUCUAGAGAUGCGUCAGGUCACUAAUUCUGGUAUUAGGUUGAGUUGAAUCUUGGUGUACAUAGCAUUACGCAGCUGCUGACUCAGUAAUCCUGGCAUCCGACAUUAGAGGUUGCCGAGUGGCACACCAAGUACUGG